AUGUCGAAGCCACGCGAUGCGGAGGAGGGGCAUGUGACCGUUUGCGUGCGUGCCCGACCUCUCAACGAGCGGGAGAAGCGUCUCAACUCACCCAUUUGCCUACAGUUCCAAAAUGGAAAAACGGUUAGUAUUUACAAGUCAAGUGUCCCCAACGGUGCGGCGGCUGACGCAGGGUGUGAUGCGGCGGGGGGAAAGUGCUUCAGCUUCGACCGAGCUUUUGACAGCAACGACAGCCAAACAACUGUGUACGAGUAUCUUGGUAUCCCCGUUCUCCAGGCAACCAUUAAAGGUUUCAAUGCAUGUGUUUUCGCAUAUGGCCAGUCUGGAAGCGGGAAGAGCUACUCCAUGAUGGGUCCUUCGGGUGGCCGUGAUGUAGUGGUUGACCCCGGUAUUAUUCCCCGACUUUCCAGGGGUCUUUUUGAGAUGGUUGCGAAGGAAGUGGCGGAGAACGAGCGGGAACGAGAGGCGGCGCGCUCAUCAGGCGUUGAGGAAAAUGCACUUCCACCGCAGUUGAACAUUACAGUUCUCGUGAGCUACAUGGAAAUAUACCAGGAGCGUGUCAACUGCCUUCUUAAUCCAAAGUGUGAGAACCUCAAAGUCCGCGAGCACAAGGUGUUGGGUGUAUAUGUUGAAGGUAUUUCGGAGGUGCAAGUGGAUUCUGAGGAGAGUAUGAUGCAAGUGAUGCACGGAGGAAAUCAAAGUCGUCACAUUGCAGCAACAAAUAUGAAUGACCGUUCAAGUAGAUCUCACGCCAUAUUCUCAAUCACAGUAAUCCAGAAGCGUAUGGGGAAGGUAAAAGAUGGUACGGUGUCAUGCACAGAGCUCCGUGCAAAAGUUAACCUGGUGGACCUUGCAGGAAGUGAGAGGGCAAAGUCUACGGGUGCAGAAGGUGGCACAUUGCGUGAGGGAGCAAAUAUAAACAAAUCUCUGACGGUUUUAGGUCAGGUGAUUAGUGCCUUAGCAGACAUCGGAAAAAGCAAGCCGGAUGCUGGUGGACGAAGACACGUCCCGUAUCGUGACUCCACCUUAACAUUUAUCCUUAAGGAGUCUCUCGGCGGGAACAGUAAAACGUUCAUGUUGUCUACGCUCAGCCCGGCAGCGGCAAACUACGACGAAACGAUGAGCACGCUGCGCUAUGCGGAUCGUGCUAAGUCUAUCGUCACCCGUGCAGUUGUAAACGCCGCAGCAGGGGAUAAGAGAAUACGUGAGUUGGAAGAAGAGGUACAGCAACUGCGAGAGAAGAUGAAGCACUACGAGGAACUUGCUCUUCGGGGAGGAGUAAUGCCAGAUUUAGCAAAUCCUGGUGGGUUACCCAAUUCCACUGGGGGCGGCCACGGCCCCGCCAGUAACAUGGAGGAUCUAGAGAGUAGCAUCCCCUCCAUGACACCACGAAGGCCACAUGACGCUGCUGUUUUGUUAUCAAAAUUGGAGCAGGCGGAAGAACUUAUAAAGCAACUCACCAAAGCGGAAGGGAAACAGCAAGAGGCACCAAGGCCAACGCACCCAACAAUUAAGUUAGACCGUAAUGAGCCCUUUAUUCUAAAUAUGGAAGGUGUAGGGGAUUGGGUGGUUGAGCACCUUGUGGCUGGAACCACAUACCUUGGAACAGAAGAGCCAACACCAGGGAGCGAGUGGCGGAGCAUCACAGUGAGUGGAGAGGGAACCAGCGGAGUCGCUCCACGGCACUGUUGCUUCGUUCGCCAGGGAAAUGGUUGUGUGUUACUUCGACCUCUGGAGGGCAACCUCACGUACAUUAAUGACGAACAGGAACCAAUAUCGAGGGACGUCCCGUUAAUGAGUGGUACCGUGGUGUGCAUUGGAGAUGAAUUUCUGCAGUUCAAGUUCACAGACCCCACAGCGCCGUCGAUGACUGCGCGGCGUCGUCCUAUGCGCUCGGCGGAGGGUACAAUACUCUCACCUCGUUUUAAAAGCAUCUCCGAAAGCUCCGUACCUAGCUUGAGAAUCCCUGCACCAACACAAAGUGUGGGUGUUGGUAUCACUACCGUUGCCGCCACUAACAGUCCGAGAGGAGGCAUCGCGUCUAGUGCCGCUAAUACUGGUAAUGGUGGUAGUGCAGUACCUGUUGUUCCCCCCAUUACUGCGGGUAGUGGUGUUUCCCCUUUUGUUCCAGCAUUGCAGCUGAAAGAUGUUCUGCAACACCAGGCCCAAACAAACACCUAUCGCCCGCCAACUCACAAAGACCCAGUGGCGGCCGACGUCCGACCCACGUCAGUUCGUUUACCAAGGACUGCAAAGGGAGUAGGGAGAAGUCGUAUUGGUGCUGGCGAAGGUAUGGAGCGAAUUCGUGCAGUGAAGACGGCAAGGAGGUUAAAACUCAGAGACGACGAAUACAAUGUUAUUUAUCGUCACACCUUCCUUGUGCUCGGUUGCGGCAGCUGCGGGAAAACUUCUUUCCGCGAAAACUUGCACAAACAGGACAAAUGGUACUCGAUCUUCACUAGUGAUCAAAAGAACUUGCGACCCUCCUUUGGAGUAGAGUCAACAACGAUUUCAAGCACAGGGGAGUAUCCGUCUGUGGAGAUGAAUGUGAUGGAAUUAGGGGGGACUGGUUGCUUUUCUCUUCUCCAGGGGCUUCUGCCAACGCGCCGUGCAACUUAUGUGUUAUGCUUUUCACUUCUUCAGAGCGUCCCGUUCGAAGGCCUUCUGCCCUUUUUGGAGUUUAUUCUUUCACACACCACCACCCGAGACACUUCUGUGGUGUUGGUUGGAACUUACCUCGACCGCUCCCCGCUUAAGAGCAGUAAGUUAGCUCAACAUUUCUCCGAACUUGAGAUGCAAGUGAACAAUUACUUUCGUACGCUGCAAGUUGUUGGAGACAUGCGGCCCUCCAUCGCUGGGUGCUUCGCUGUGGAUAAUGUUAACCGCACUGUUUUUGCACCAAUGUUUGAGCGGUUGAGGAAAUUCCCUGAUUUGCUUUCCUGGUUUGGGGAUCAAGCUAUUCGGCGCUGCCGCAAUGAUGCUGACUUUCCAAAUGCUCAGGUUCCAAAGUUGCUGCUAUCCCUUGGGAAGCGAACGAAAGAAAUAAACCGUGAAGGGAAGUGGUGUGUAGCCUUUGGAGAGUUUAAAUCAGUUGCCAAUGCAUUGGAUAACCGCUACAGUGACAAUUUGGACGACCUCCAUCGACAUAUUCAACUUUUAAUGAGUUGGGGUGUGUUGCAUCACCACUACAGGCACCGUGCCAUGAGGAAGUAUGUAAUUGUGGACACACCGUGGGUUUUUCGCGUCGUGGCUACCUUGUCAUGCUGCUCUACUGUGACACCCAAACUCCCUGGAAAUGACUCGUCUCUCCGCUCCGUGCCACUCGUCCUGUGCCGAGAGGUUAUGCAAAGCAUGAGAAAAUCCCUUCCAUUCGAUGUGGAUGCUGUUCUAAUUGAAGAUGUAUGUGGAGCCUUGCUUCAGGGUGUUUUGACAAUGAGGACAGCGUUAGCUCUAUUCGAUGGAGUACUAAAGGAAAAGGGAUAUGGUUUCGCACAACUAGGUGGGUUGCUGGAGUUGUUGCGCAGUUAUGACUUUAUCAUUAUGGGUAGUCGACUUCAGUACUCUUUUUUCAACGAUGAAAACACAAGCGUACAGUCGUCGCCGACGAAUGCUGGGAAAGACAUGAGGGAAGUUGGAUCCGGGCUUGGACGGAAAAAAUCUGCGGGUCCCUCAGGUGGUCCCGAGUCAGAGCAUUUUGUGCUCAUACCCUCGUGCUUCAUGAAUCCCACUCCCUCUUCGUUCUGCAUGCACGUGCCAUCGUUUUUACAUGGUCCUUUUUACCGCUUUACAUUGAACAUGGUGCCGCACAACUUUUUCUCGCGCAUUGUGAGUCGUGUGGCGCACUGUGCCAAGAAAGUUUACCUCGGGCCCGCCACGGCCCGCUGCGUCAAGUUGGAAGAUCUGGUGUGGAACCCGAAUUCACAAGACGACGGCAAGGGUGGAAACCGCGUAGGCAGUAAUGUCAAUGGUAGCAGUAACAAUACAAAGGGCACUGAACCGUCUGUGGUCGCGACCAACAGUGUAUAUGUCGUAGGCAGCAGUCAGUUCUGGGAAAACACCAUGUGGGUGAUAAGCUCACCCGGGAGCCGUGCACUGCUGCGCAUGGUGCAACGCUCUCUCUUUGUUACAUUUCACGACAUGGAGAACAGUGACGAGUUCUACGAUGGACUUCGUCAUGUCAUACGGAACAUAUUGUAUGAAAGCCCCGGUGUAACGUGCCAGGAGAGUAUCCUCUGCUUGCGGCGGGCGCUGGAGGAUGGAGAGAAGGCCGAAGAAGUGCACGGUGAUUUGACUUACUGGAGACAUGUGGACGAGAAUGUCAACUCCUUAGAGAAAAUAAAGCAGCGUGAAGCCACAGCACUCAUGACACCACGCGGCACCACACCGAGGCUAUCCAUGAAAGGCAGAGCCGGUGGCACUAUGGAGAUCGAAAGAAGUCGUCAAGGUGGCUCGAGAGCAGGUGUGAAAAAUGGUAGUGGUAAUAGCGACGAGGAGGACGAACUGAAUGAUGUUGUUAUUCCCUUCGUGCGAAACCAUACGGAGCCGAUUGACGUUGAGGCAGCCCUCCGACGUGUGUGCUCAGAUUCGUUGUUGACUGAUAACGCUUUGAAUGAGUUGAAGACGGCACUGCAGGCAAUGAAAGAGGCUCGAAGCUGCGGGGACCAUUCGGGUGAGUGCUGUGCCUUGGACCGCCUUGUUGACGUGCUUGCACAGACGUAG